GUACUUACCGCCUCACGAUCACCUGCUCCUCUUUCACCUGCAGCCGGCAUUUUGCAAUCUCGGCGGGCAUUCUCUCUUUUAUCACAACCUGCUUUUUGCAAAUCUCUCGGGUGGCAGCGUUCCAGGCAGCGCUUUACAUCGAUUGCUGCCCAACACUGGUCUGAGAGCCUGCACCACGAUGCCAUCGAUGCGGUGCACCCUCCUCACCGCUGCACUCCUCGUUCCGCAGGGCGCGGCCUUCGCGCCCACGACCAGCGCGCGAGGCACCGCGAAAAAACUACACGCGGCGCCCUACGAGCGCUACCUCGACGCCGCCUGCGAGGCCGCGAGGGCGGCCGGCGCGCUCAUCCGGUCCGCCUCGACCGACGAGCGCGCCGUAGACACGCUCAAGGCCAACGCCAAGGAUUUGCUGACGAAGACGGACGUCGCCUGCCAGGACGUGGCCGCGGCCGUCCUCGCGCGGCGCGAGCCCGCGUCCCGUUUGUUGGGCGAGGAGGACGUGGCGCCCGGCGCCGACGCGGCGGCGCGGGCCGCCGAAAAAGCCUUCGCGACCGACGGGCUGGUCUGGGCCGUGGACCCCAUCGAAGGCACGGCGAACUUCGUGGACGCCAUCCCGCUUUCGGCGACGUCCGUCGCGGCCGUGGAAUGCGUUUCUGGAAAUUGCCGCGUCGUGGCCGGCGCGGUCUACGACCCAUAUCGAGACGAGCUGUUCGGCGCGGCGUAUGGUAAAGGCGCCUGGGUCGAGACUGCGGGCAAACGGACGCCGCUCGCCGUCUCCUCGUCCAUGUUAGGCGACGCCAUCGUCUACGCGGGCGCGCCGCCGGGGAUGCGGGCUCUAAAACCGUCGCUGCGGGGCAUCGCCGCCGUCGCGCCGCACGUGCGGACGAUGCGCCUCCUCGGCUCCGCGGCGAUCAUGCUCGCGUACGUCGCCGCGGGCCGCGGCGCGGCCUACUUCGAGUGCGAUCUGGCGGCCUGGGACACGGCGGCCGGCGCUCUGCUCGUGGAGGAGGCCGGCGGGACGGUCACGGACGCCGACGGUACGCCGUACACGCCGCUAACCCGACAAAUCGUCGCCGCGGGCGCGUGCCACGGCGACCUGCGGGCGCUCGUGGACGGCGUCGGCGGCGCGCGGCUCGACGACGAGGACUAAACUUAGGAC